UCAUCACGUCGUUGGAACCUUCAGCUGUCAGACUUUGGCCACCCUGAAAGUGCAGGUUUUGUUCGCAAACUAACUCGAAGUGUUCAAGCCGCCCUGACUUGAUUCAAAGUUGUGCAUUCGGUAGCCGGCCGAUCGCUGAAGACUCCGUCUGCUCGUCGAAGCCGUGGGAUUGCGCGCAGGGCGACCAUCUUGAUUGAAUCGCUGCUAGUUUUGCACGACAGCGGCUGUAGAGGAGGGUAGAUGCAGGGAGGGAGGGAGUAAAAAAAGGCAAAAGUCUUUGUGCUUCCCUUCCCCCCCCCGUCAAAGCAGAGGGGAAAUGUCUCUCUCCAAAGGAGGGAAGAAGAAGAACCCUGGGCUGAAGCUGGCCAAAGAAGUGUUUGCACAGACCCCACCAGCAGUAGCAGCGCCCCCGCGAGACCUCGACUCGAAAGCUUGUGUGACAAUUGGAGAUCAGAACUUUGUGGUGAAGGCAGAUGACUUGGAACAGAUUGCAGAGCUGGGGAGGGGAGCGUACGGGGUGGUGGACAAGAUGAGACACGUGCCCAGUGGUGUGAUCAUGGCUGUGAAGAGGAUUCGCGCGACAGUCAACACACUGGAGCAGAAGCGGCUCCUGAUGGACCUGGACAUUUCCAUGAGGACGGUGGACUGCUUCUACACUGUCACUUUCUACGGCGCCCUCUUCAGAGAGGGAGAUGUCUGGAUCUGCAUGGAGCUCAUGGACACCUCACUGGAUAAGUUCUACAAGAAGGUGAUUGAGAAGGGAAAGACCAUCCCAGAGGACAUCCUGGGCAAGAUCACAGUAGCAAUCGUGAAGGCAUUAGAGCAUCUGCACAGGAACCUGUCGGUCAUACACAGAGAUGUGAAGCCCUCCAACGUUCUGAUCAACACCGAGGGUCAAGUGAAAAUGUGUGACUUCGGCAUCAGCGGCCACCUGGUGGACUCCGUCGCCAAAACGAUGGACGCUGGCUGCAAACCUUACAUGGCACCGGAGCGGAUCAACCCCGACCUCAGUCAAAAGGGCUACAGUGUGAAGUCGGACAUCUGGAGUCUUGGGAUCACGAUGAUCGAGUUGGCGAUAUUGAAGUUCCCCUACGACUCCUGGGGCACCCCCUUCCAGCAGCUCAAGCAGGUGGUGGACGAGCCGUCCCCUCAACUGCCCGCUGACCGCUUCUCGCCAGAUUUUGUAGACUUCAUCUCCCAGUGCUUAAGAAAGAAGCCAAACGAGAGACCAGCAUACACAGAAUUAAUGGAACAUCCGUUUUUCUCCCUCCAUGACUCCAAAGAAACAGACGUGGCCAGUUUUGUGACGGUCAUCCUGGAUGACUGACGUGCUCCCACCCACCAGAGUAGGCGAGGCCGCUUCGUAACUAAACCAAUGGCCCACCUUUUUUUAAAAUAAAGAUUAAAAAAGAAAAAGUCACUGGAAUGACACUCAUGCACCCACACACGACGAGGGGUGACCCAAGGACUGACCACAGCACUGGAGUGGGAGACUCGUGGUCACAUGAUCCAUCAGAAAAAAAAAAAAAGUCACUCCGCCCACAACUGUCAUGAACUGAAAUGUUCUGCCGUGCCCCGAAAUCUUCUCCCCUUCAGAACAGACGGAGCCACUUCUUCUCCCUGUGACACAUAUUGUAUGAAUUGAUCUGCAAAAAAAUGCGACCUUUAAAAACGUGUACGUCUUUCCAGAAGCUCUAUUUCCUUUUUGUUUUUUUUGGUCUGUCCUCUCAUUAUACAGAGUUUUGAUACUGUAUAUCUUCAAGUGUGAGUUUCACCGGACUAGAGCCUUAUUUUGUCCGACCGCAUCGAGGUCAGAGCCGCUUCGAUCCACAGGAGUGCCACAGACAGGCCACUGCAGUCAAAGGUCAUGUACUUUGAGAGCAAAUUCCUGGGUCAUGUGGUGGUGUGAAAACUUCCUCUAUCAUAAAGGAAGUGUCCCUUCUGCUGUGCAACUCAUGAAUCACUGCAUUUAUAUUCUUUCUCAUUUUUGCCAUUUUAUUUUACUGCUUUACUGGAGUCGAUAGUCUUUCAUAAGCGGCACUUAUGUCCUUUUUGUAUGUUGUUUUCUGCCUUAAACAGUUGUUAGUGAAUAAUUUAUGUGUCGAAGAUGUAAAUACUAUCUUUUUUUUUUUUUUUUCUUUUUUUAAAUGUAUUCCGGCACUGUCUGACUUGGUAGGCGAGUGUUGGUUGCUCAUUCGAAUGCAGUGUGGCCUUCUGGAGACACACUGACAGGGCCAGCUGACUGUCUUUCACCUAUUUUGGAGUGAUGUUCUAUCAAGUUCCAGCGCUCAGGUUUCAGUGCCCUCCUUAGAGUGCAGAUCGCCCCAUUUGUCUUUUCACCAUGUCGGGCCGAGUGCCUCGGUCAGGUCCUCCGUGGGCAGCCGUCAUCUCCUCCGUCGGACCUCGCUAUGCAGAGACAGGAGCGGCCCCUGGCCAUGUGACCCCUCUCAAGUGUUCACAGACUGUGAAGAAGAUGUCAAACGCUGACUGCCUUGCACUCAUCCCUUCUGGUUUACACCCUUAACAGAGAAAAGAAAUUGGUUAGUCCGCAACGUGAUGGUGGUAAAUAAGGGAAAGCUCCUCAAAGAAGCUGCUGUUCCCCCUCCCCAUUUAAAGAAAAAGGCCGGCCCCCCCUCUCGGCACGGCCCUCGUGUGUCAAAGUGAGAUUUUUUUUUUGCGUUUUACAAUGAGAAUGGAACACUUGCUCUACCUCUUACUCCUUCACUCUAUUCGCCACCUUUUCAUCAGGUGGAACCGACAAACUUGAACUUUGGAAAGGCAAAA